UGGUGAUUCAUGCUGUUUACUUGAAUAUACACAGUAGAAUUUCCCAGUUCAGUGUGGAGUCUGGGUGCGAAGGGAAUGUAUUUUUCAGAGAAUGAUGUCUAUUUCUCUCCAGAGUGGGAGCAGAAGCCUCAGACAGUCCAGAUAAUUCAGCAACAGGUUCCCCAACAUCCAGCGACUAUAAUCCAGCAGCUCCCUGCACCCCAGCAGCCUCAGAUCCCAUUAGACAGGAAUGGACACAUGAAGGAAGAGUUGGUGGAGUUGAUGAUGAUACAGAACGCGCAGAUGCACCAGGUGAUCAUGAACAACAUCACCAUGGCCGCACUCUCCAGCUUCGGGUACAAUACGCAGCCCCAGUCUGCCAAUCAGAAUCCUGUAUUAAUCAGAAUGGAAGAGAGUGAGCCGGACCCAGUUUAUUACCAUCACUAUGAGCUCUGGCAGUACCCUUCGUAUCCCUCUUGGCCAACACUGCCACCUCAGAUGUACCACACGACGAGUCUACAGCAGGAGAACUGGCAGCCAACAGUACGGCACAUCAGCAGGGACGGGCCUUUGAACCCCCGGAGAGAGUUUCAAGCCGUCCCCCCACCACCUCCACCAAGUGCCACAGGGACAGUGGGAGCAGAUGUCCUUCCAGCCUCAGAGUACUACGACAUGGCUGAUGACCAGGUAUGACAGGCCUCUUCAGCUCCAUGAGGAUCGUUCAUUGACCACACAUCCAGCUCAACACCUGACGAAACUCAAAGACCUGGGAGACGACUCUGUUAAUGUCCCAAUAAAUAGGCACUUGGUCAAAGAUAGGCACU